AUGGAUUCAGAGGAAUUAAGAAAAAAACUAAGAACUAAGAAGUUUACUUUAUUUGAUAGAAAGACAACUUAUAAACAACUUUUAAUUCCAAACUUUAAUGAUACCAAACUUAAAGAGGAGUUUAAAUACUUAAAUAAAUUGAUAAACAAUCUUGAUAAAGAAAUAAAUAAACAAAUUGAUAUUGAUAUAAAAAGAUUGCCAAUUGAAAGUAGGUUUAUUAACGAUAAAAACAUAGAAUUUAUUUAUAAUCAAAUAUUGGGAAUGGUUGUCUGUGUUUUUCCUAAGGUUAGUUAUGUUCAAGGUAUGACUGAUAUUUUAGUGCCGUUUGUAAAGUUGUAUCUAAAUCAAUCUUCAUCACAUACCAAAGGAAUAAUUAUAAAAGAAGAAGAUAUUAUUAACGUAUUUUGUUGUUAUAAAAACUUAAUUUCUAAAUUAAGAAAUAAUUUAUACUUGAUUCAAUCUAAUUUAGCUAAAUUAACUAAUAAGUGGUUGUUACUAACAGAUCCAAUUUUGUAUAACCAUUUAAAAUCUCAUAACAUAGAUAUACAUUUACUAACAAUAAGAUGGUAUAGUUGUUUAUUUACAAGAGAAUUCCAAGGAGAUAAAUGGUAUCUGAUUUUUGAUUAUUUAUUAACAUAUAGUGAUAUAAAUGACGGAAUAAUAUCUGUAGCAGUUUCAUUAUUGACAAUUCUUAAGAGAAAAAUAGUAAGACUUGAUUUUUAUAAAACUUUGAUUUACGUACAAAAUUACAAGUAUGAAAACUUAAGUAUAAAAACAGUAAUAGAAGGUGCAUAUGAAACUUGGGAGAGUUAUAACAAUGAAAAGAAGAAAAUAAGAAGAAAUAAAUAA